AAUNGAAAAAAAAAAAAAAAAAUUCAACAACCACCCUUUCUUUUUUGUUUGGUAAACAAAGGAUAAGAAAAAUCAAGCACAAUAAUUUUUAAAUGAAAGUAUCUUAUCCUGCCUGUGGAAGUAAACGAGCCCUUGUUAAUUUUUAUCUGGAUAAGUCUGAAAACAAGUUGCGAUUUGAUUUACAAUCAUUCCUCACAUCAAAGAUCUCUUUGUAUCAUUUGUUCCCCUUCCAAAAUAAAAUUAGCUACUAUGUAUCUACGAACCCUAUUCCUCCGACGCCUAAGCACAAAACCGCCUAUCAACCCUCUUGCCACUCAGCGUUUGUCGCUGCCGCCCUUGGAGUACGGCUACGUUGACUACGAGCCCGCCAUCCGCAACGCUAUCAUGUUGCUCCACCACAAGAAACACCACCAGGCUUACGUCACUAACUACAAUAAAGCCUUGGACCAGCUUAAAUAAGAGAAUAGUCCUAGCCUGUCCCAGCUCUUGAUCUUUGCCUUGGCUUGGAAGAGACUGCAGACUUGGGAGAUAUGGCGCGAAGCCCUAAUUCCAGACUGACCACUACCUUCCACCAAGUCUCCUCAGGGUGGUCCCGGUUUCUUUCACCAGGUGAUCCAGUAUCGAUUUUUCGUGGCUUGUCCGACUCCUCGAUAGCGCCACCGCUAGCGGCGAUGCCUCUGCCGUCGUGAAGUUGCAGGAGGUCCUCAAGCUCAACGCAGGAGGACACAUAAAUCAUUCACUAUUUUGGAAGUGCAUUGCUCCUUGCCGUGAAAGGGGCGGCGAGCCUCCCAGGGAUGGUUUAUGCUGGGCUAUUAAGAAAAACUUUGGAUGCGUGGAAUCUUUAAAACAGAAGAUGACUACAGAAGCUGCAGCAUUACCAGGUUUGGGGUGGGUGUGGCUUGGUGUGGAUUGCAAAAAUAUCAAGCGUCUAAUAGUUGAGACAACUGCAAAUGAUAAACCACUUCCAAAGUUGGGCCAAACUUAAUUCUCCUUGUUAAGAAAUGAAGUUUUGGUACCACAGGGCAGCCUUGCCCUCUAAAUGCAUGGAGGCCAGAUGCACCUUUUGGUUUUCUGGUAUAUUUUGCACCAGCUUGAAAUAGCUAUUGCAUUUAAGGAUCCAGGACCUAGGGUUAUUCCCAUCAAACUUGGGAAAAUCCACCUUAGGCAUAGGGCUGAAAAUAUGAGGUUGACAUUGUUUUUGUGUGCUGGUAACUUCCUUGAAUGGCCCAGAAAAUGGGCCCACUAUGGAUUCCUCUUCGGCACUGCUUCUUGUGAGAUUCAAUAAAUGUAAUUGAAUUGCUGCCAUGGUAUUUGGCAGCUGGUGGUAUUUGCUGGUGAUUUCUGAUAGCUUAUCCUGCAUUUUGAGCUCUGCAGCCUCCCGUUUCAUUGCCUCUGUUCGCAGGACCUGGUCGACACAUUUCUGUGCCUUCUGUAGCCUCCUUGAGUCUUGUGCCAUCCGCCAUAGCCGAGAAUCGACCGCUCUGGUGCCAAUUGUUGUGUUUAAUUGAUAUUAUAUAACUUUAGUUUGUAAAACUAAGCUGAAAUGAGCUUAGUAUACCUGAAGAAGAUGAGUAUGGGAGAGAGAAUUAAGAGAGAGAAGGGAAAGAGAUUCGAUUUGGUUGUAACUGCCUUUCUUUUCCAUUUCUGAAUGCAUAAUAUAAGGUCCGAAACACAUGAACUCACACAUGUUUUGCCUUUCCACACUCUCUCUCUCUCAUAAAACAAACUUAAUUAUAUAUUAAUAAAUCAUUUGGCAACAUCAACAUCCACGUCAGCUGCCAUGUCUGCCCCUUUGAUUUCUUCGCCAAUCACGUGGGUUGCCCGUUUAUCUCCUCCACUCUCCACGUGUAGCUCAGCCCGAACAAAAUAAAGCCCCUUUUCAGUUAUUAUCUUCAAAUCCUCGAUCUCACCUCUCUCUCCAAGUCCAGAAACCCUAAAUCCCAAUUCAUCCCUAAUUCCAUCACCUUCAACCCCUGAAUCCACAACAGCGUUGCACCUUUAGCAAUUAUGGAAAGGUGGCUCGUGUGUGGUGAAAAUAAAAUAAAAUGGAAUUGUUGUAUUUUUCUUACUGCCUUGACAAUAUUUUUCUUGCAGGAUCCACUGGUCACUAAAGGGCCUACUUUGGUUCCUCUGUUAGGAAUUUAUAUCUGGGAGCAUGCAUAUUAUUUACAGUAUGAGAAUGCGAGAGAAGACUACUUGAAGAAUAUAUGGAAAGUCAUAUGUUGGAGCUAUGCUAAUGAAGUUUAUAAAAUGGAGUGUCUUUGUUUCGGCUGCAGUGACAAUUUGUUUCGUUUCGAGACAACUGCCUUUUCAAUUCAUGGGGUUAUAUGCUAGUUAUUGGAUGCUGAUACAUAUGAUAUUUGGGCUUGUUUUCCAUUUUUCCCUGGUUAUGGUUUGUAUAACGUUAGAUGUUUGUCAAGGCUUAAAUUAACAUGGAUUGCUCUGUAUUCAUCAGAAUGUCUGCCCUCUUUUGUUGUCGACUUCCAGUUUUUUGGUGGUUUUUGUCCCCUUCCAAAAGUAAAUAGGAUCUGUGAAAAUUGGGUUGAUUUAUUGUUAUUAAGAUAUUCUAAUUUUUCAUGACAUUACAUUCGCGCAUUUUGUUUUCAUUUUCC